GGCGGCGGGCGGGGGGCUCCGAUCCCGCGCGGCCAAUGGAGGGCGGGCGGCCGUGGGGCGGCGCGCGCUGAUAGGGCGCGUGCCGGGGAGUUUGUCCGGGCGCUGCAAACGGCGGCACGUUGGAGCGGAGCGGCGCGCGGCCGAGGGCAGGUACAGAUGAGAGAACAGCAGAAGGGUCCCUGCUUGAUUUUGUGCCUCCCUGCAGCUGCCAACUUGGCAACCAGAGAAGGAUACCUGAGUAGCUGGAGCUGUAUAAUUCAUCUCCCAGCGAUACCCUGAUCUGUACUGCAGGGACAUCUCAUGGGACCUGUGUGGCUGACAGAGGCAGAUGUUUUGAGACGACACUCAGUCAUGCCAUACUCUCACUGUGAGCGCUAGCAUUCCAGCUCUCUGCAGGCCCAUCUGAGACUCUGUGGGCAGCACACAGUGAUGGAGGACUCUCCAACAGAUGUUGUGGCUGAAGACAGUGACACAGGCUUCCAAGACACACAGGCUGAACUCACAGAGCGGGUGGCGGCCAUAGAUGUGUCUGUUCACCCAGACAGAAGUGACCAAAAUGGGGAAGACAUCACUGAAGAAAAUGACACUGUCUUUUCUGAUAACGUAAAAGACAUCCAAAGAAAUGGAGUCAACAGUGACGUGGAAACAAAUGAAUUCCUGCCCUCCCAACAGCCAGACGAUGCUCACUGUGGGCAUGCUUCCAAGAGACCUCUUGCUAGACCUGUGCUAUCAAGUAGGAAGUUGUCUCUUCAGGAAAGAUCAUCAGGAAGUCAUUUGGCAUUGAGCAAUGCUUCGGGUUUUGGUCAUUAUGCCACAGGGCCAUCACCACGUAUAAUGAGGAGGCCAACGAUAGAGUCCAACCGAGUCUCCAUCUCAGAUGCUGAGGACUGUGUGCAAUUAAACCAGUACAAGCUGCAGAGUGAAAUAGGCAAGGGUUCCUAUGGUGUUGUGAAGCUGGCCUACAACAAGGAUGAUGACAAGUAUUAUGCUAUGAAAGUCCUCUCCAAAAAGAAGCUCUUAAAGCAGUAUGGAUUUCCACGUCGACCUCCUCCUAGAGGGUCAAAAACAUCCACUGGAGAGCAGUCUAAAACAGUGGCACCACUGGACAGAGUCUAUCAGGAAAUAGCCAUAUUAAAGAAACUGGACCAUGUCAACGUUGUUAAACUGAUAGAGGUCCUUGAUGAUCCUGCAGAAGACAACUUAUACAUGGUGUUUGACCUCUUGAGGAAAGGGGCUGUCAUGGAGGUACCAAGUGACGAGCCAUUCAGCGAGGAUCAGGCCCGGCUCUACUUCAGAGACAUUGUUUUGGGCAUUGAGUACUUGCACUACCAGAAGAUCAUUCACCGGGACAUCAAGCCUUCCAAUUUGCUGCUAGGAGAUGAUGGACAUGUCAAAAUUGCUGAUUUUGGAGUCAGUAAUCAGUUUGAAGGGAACGAUGCCCAGCUUUCCAGCACAGCAGGAACACCAGCCUUCAUGGCACCAGAGGCCAUUUCAGACACGGGCAAAAGUUUCAGUGGAAAGGCACUUGAUGUAUGGGCCAUGGGAAUUACCCUGUACUGCUUUGUUUAUGGGAAGGUCUUCAAGAAGCGAACCAGACCAGUCAGUAUCAGUAUUUCUGUGCUACAGAUAGAAAAAUGUAGCAGAGAAAAGGAAAAUGGUCCCAUGUGUCCUUUUAUAGAUGAAUAUAUUCUGGGUCUUCAUAACAAGAUCAAGAGCAAGCCUGUGGAGUUCCCAGAAGAAUUACAGAUAAGUGAUGAGCUUAAGGAGCUGAUCUUACGCAUGCUUGAUAAAAAUCCAGAAACAAGGAUAACAGUCCCUGAAAUUAAGGUACAUCCAUGGCUAACCAAGGGUGGUGAGGAGCCUCUGCCACUGGAAGAAGAGCACUGUACUGUGGUGGAGGUUACAGAGGAGGAAGUGAAGAACUCAGUGAAGACAAUCCCAAGUUUGCCUGCUGUGAUCCUAGUGAAGGCCAUGCUAAGAAAACGCUCCUUUGGAAAUCCAUUUGAAGUUCAGACCAGACGGGAGGAGAGGUCCAUGUCUGCUCCAGGGAACCUGCUGAUAAAACAAGGGAGCAGAGAAGGAGGCAGGGACUCAGAGCUGCCUGAUGUGUGUGAAGAUGAAGCUACAUCCUGAAGCCACGUGGCUGUUGCAGGCUGGUUGCUCACGUGCUGCUGCUGCUGUACCCAUCGUGGUGUUGUUUGGCACACAUCUGCUCACAUCGCAAAGUCCAGGGCCUGCAAAGCAAAAAGCAAAACGGACCAACCUAGCAAACUGAAAAGGAGGAAAAGAGCAGCAAUAAAGAAACGAGCGAGUCUCAGCUGGCAGAGGGCUGGCUUGGCCUCUUGGGCAGCUGUGUUCCUCAUGCGAGGUGUCUGUGUGCUCCUCUGUGUGUGCCUUGCUCUCCACUUGUGCUUCACGUGUGAGCUUUGUAGUUGGGUGUCUUGACCAAUGAAUGUUUUUAUUUGCAGUGCAACAAACCAAACGUUGUCUCGUGGGUCGUUCACCCUAGAGACCUUUUUCUUGCUUUUUUUUCAUCCUCUGUUUCAAAGAUCAGGAAAAAAAAUGGCAUCAAAGCGAGGUCUUGUAUCAGAGAGCAACUCUUAAUGCACGCAUAAAGCAUUCUGUAUAGCAGGACACAGUCCUGUUCCAGUUGGUGAUUAUCAUUUCUAUGGAUAGCAGUUACAGAAGGGUGAGAUCUUCCUUUUGGUGUUUACACUGUCACUCUCAAUGCCUUUUUUUCCCUUUUCCUCUUAACCCUUAAUGUAAACCCUGCCAGCAUCGAUAGCUUUAUUCAUGGCAGUGUUGUAAACUAUAAGAACUACAUGAUAUUUCCUGUAUGUGCAAUGAGCCUUUGAAUGCCACAGAGCUCAACCACCAGGACACACCAUUACACCUGAAGGCUUAGUGCACAGGAGGCAUCUGCUGAUGAACUCUUCCUAAGGAGCUGUGAUUUCACUCCAUCACCUGCUCCCAGUCCUGUGCACAUGGGUGUCAUUAUGAAGUCUAAAAAGAAGUGACAGGUUUGGCAUUUAUCUCAUUUAAGGGCGAUUUCCUUUCACACACCUCUCUUAGCUCCUUUAAAAUGUGUGCCUGAUGCUUUUCAACUCCUGGUAAAUGGCCCAAAGUGGGAGAGCUCUUAAGAAUAGGAAACAUUAUGGAAGGGUUUUUAAACUAAGGAAGGUUACAGAACACAAAUGGGAUAAAAAUGAAAACUUGAUCUUUUGUUUCUUAAGGCCAUAGUUUUUAAUUUUAAGACUGUAAUUUUAUGCACAUGCUGAUGCUGCUGAUGGCAAUCCAUAGAUUGCUUCUAGACUUGGGAUUAGAAGCUUCAUCUCUACGUUUGACAACAGGUGAGAAACUGCACUCAAGGAGCAGAUGCAGUCAUUUCAUCGGCUGCUGCCUGUACAGACUGUGUGUAAUCAGGAAUUUCACUCUUGCACGCCGAGAGUAAAAGCCAGUGACAUCAAUCCAUCAAAAUACACACUGGUGUUUUCCUUUGAGCUUUAAGGGGGGUCUGAGCAUGCCUCCAGAAAGUCAAUGGACUGAACUCUUGUACUUAAGGGACACGAUUAUAUUUGGUUCCUUACUGACUUUUUUAGGUUAACCAUGAGGGCUUGGGGCUCGAGUCCCCUGAUUCUUUUGUGCCAGGGGAUAUGCAUACAAGGAUUAUUAAUAGCAAUUGGUAUACUAAUUUUCCCAUUCUAUUCAUUGUAGAUUAGUUUGGUUCCCAAUGAUUUUGUAGCUUGGCUUUGCUUCCAGUGCCUUCUGCUUGCCAGCCCCUGCCUGCCACCUCUUCAUCCUCCCCUCCGCUCAUCUCCAGCUGCCUCGCAGUGCUGGUGGGAAGCCCAGAGGCAGUCUGCAGCCUGGGCUGUGCCCCACGUCCUGCCUAUAAAUACUGGCCAAGCCUCGUGGCUCGGGGGGUGUAUUCUUAGAGUUAAGGUAUUUUGUCAAGGAGACCUUCCAUUUUUAAAUCAGGUGGCAGGAUUAUAUCCUGUAAAUGUUACUGCUCUGGGGCUGUAUUCUGCAUCACUUGCAUGCAGGUGUUCUGUUAAGCCUGCAUUUGUGCCUCUGCAUGCACCUGCGGUGCACUCAGCACCCCCCCGAGGUCUGUGAUUGUGCUUCAGCCUAGCACUGUGAUACAUCCCUGCACAAUGGAGCACUUGGAUACGUGCUAGAGCCAUAUUGACAUGUAAUGAAGAUUUAAACAUGACGAAAGGGAGGGAAAACCAAGAUGGAACCUUGGCAAGUCUGAGAGCACAGUGGAGCUCUGCAAAUGCAGAAGGAUGUGGUGGGACAAACUGCACGGAGGGGAUGGUUGUGCAUGGAAUACCUGCACACAGCUGGCCCCAUUUGGGGCAAAUGAGUCUUCAGUGGGUCAGAGCAUGAGGGCACCAUCUUCAGGUCCUGCUGAGCAGCCCCAGGAGAAGGGCAGCAGCAGUGGGCAGGAAGAAGUCCCUAAGGCCGGCCACAAAGGCAGGGGGAGAAGAGAGCAGCUGUAAUCCUUGUCAGCGUGGGUCUGCUGAGGUCUGAGCAACGCUUGGGUGGUGCUCACAGAGCUGCAAGGCCACAAAUGAGGUUUUAUUUAUUGUGCUUUUUAACAGAUGGUAGGGGGAGAAGUUUGCUAACGCAGGUGGUUGUUGGCUUACUCUAAAAAUGUGCAGCUGGGGGAGUUGAUGGGGGUGAGGUGGCUGGGAAGCUGCUCAAUUAAUGAGACCAAGCAAAUAAUUACAGAUUUUUCUCUAUGUUCUUAGAGCAGUAAGUAGAGCACUGCUGUAGUUUUGGAGGAGGAUUGAGGAGAGUGGGUAUUUGUUGUGAUUAUCCCAAAAUCUGCUUUGGAAAAUUGCCUUUUUUGGUGAAAGAAACCCUUCUGGAGCUGUUUCUGCAGGUCCAGGGAACAGAAUCAGUAUCACAGAGCUGAGCUUUUGUCAGAUCUUAUUUCUCCAGCCAGCCUGCCAGCUUUGUGGGUUUGCCCUUCUACCUCCAGAAACUGCACACAUCAAAAAGGUGGGAGCAGCACAAGCAGCAAGAGCUGCUGGAGUUGAUCCAAAAACUCGGUGUGACUUCUGCAAGGAUGCUUCAUUCACUGAGCUGCAAUGAAACUCUUGCUCAUUUUUCCGUGUGUUAGGGCAGCUAGGAGCAUUGCUGCCCUUACUUUGAAGUAAGGAAGAGAUUCGAUAGAGAAUCUGCUCAAAACGAAUGCCUCUGGCCAGCCAGCCCUUUUGUUCAGUCUAGAAAGUCAUUAGCUGGAUGUCCAAAUAUUUGUGUUCCUGCUAUGAACACGGGGUGGGAUUUGGUGUGGCAGGGCUGCUGUGAGCAGUGUGACUCUGGGUGGUGUGGGCACUUGUGGAUGCUUAUUGUUUACUCUGCCCAAACCCGGUUGGCGGUGCUGCUGUGUGCUGACAGGUGCCUGGCGGCUGUGUUUGCAGAGGGCUCCUCCUGACGGCAGUCGGCUCUGAUCAGCCUUUAAGCUUGGGGAUGGGCCCAGCACGGGAAGCUUGGAUGGCAGUUUCUCGUUUGGAGAAACGGAGCCUCUCUCUGAUCCCCAGGAGGUCGCUUGUUUCUCUUGCUCCCUUAAUAGCUGCAGCUCUUCUGUUCGGGGGGCAGUGAGUCACUGAACAGAAUCACUGAGGUUGGGAAAGACCUCCAAGGUCACCCAUUUUCCCACCACCAUAUUCCCCUGUCCCUUAGUACCACAUCUAAAUGUUUCUUGAACUCUUCCAGGGACGGUGACUCCCCACCUCCCUGCACAGCCCAUAACAGUGCUUCGCUGCUCUUUCAGGGAAGAAAUUUUUCCUGAUAUCCAACCUGAAUCUCCCCUGGUGUAACCUGAGGCCGUUCCUCCUGCUGGCAGCUCUGUGCUGAUACACAUCAGGAUGCUGUUGGCCUUCUUGGCCACCUGAGCAUGCUGUGCUAAGUAAAAAUCCUCAUUUAAGAUCUCCUGUCUGGUAUGAAGGAAUAUUGCAGUGCGUGCCUAUUGGCAGGAAAACAUUGCUGUGAAUGCCACACUUGCAAAUAAAUGAGCUUUGCAGCUAUUAAAUGAUACGUUACAGCAGAUACAUGGAUAACAACUCAGCACUUCAGAAGCUGCCUCAGCCAGCCGUGUGUGUGUGCUGUCCCUGCUCUUGCACAGUGAUUUCCACUGAUGCAGCUCCAGGAAUCAGAUGUUCCUUCACUGUUCUCACAGUCACGUUGCUGCCUGCUUGUGCUGCUGUUCUGCAGUGAGAUGGACCUGGGAGAGGGAAGGCUCUGCCUGAGGGUUAGGAUCUGAAUGAGGGAGGGAUGUGCAGAGGAUGGAGGACUGCAGUGCUGUGGAGCCCUGCCAAGAGCAGGAGCGCGUUGGUGUCUGGGCUCUGGGGACAGGAGGCACAUCAGUGCCUGAUGUGGACGUGUAGCUUAGUUUGGGUAUGAAACUUCUCCCCCACCAGGGUUUGUGUGCUGAGCAAAGCAGUGAAAGGGAUUUCUUUUCUGGCCCAAAGCUGUAGAAGACCACAUCCUGAGCAGCACACUGAGUGCUCUGAAAAACUGUAAAUUCAGGAAAAAAAGAAAAACGAUGACUUUUCAGGAUAUAAUUCUGAUCCUCCGUGCCGUAACCUUGCUGCUGUGUACCUGAUUUAUGCCUGUUCUGUUAGUAUUUAAGUCUCUCGUUCCGCUCGAUGUGAAGUAUGACUCUGCGUGUGCUCUGACUCCAGCAUGAUGUAUAUGCACUCAGUACUGUAAUGGCACGUGGCCAUUACCCUGUAAAUAUGUACCAUGAAUAGAGAGGCUAUUUUUUGCAUGCUUUUGUACUCUAGAACCAAAAAAGAAAAUGACAAUAAAGUCCACAGAAACGA